CAUAUCCGGUAGCCUCAUUAGCCGCUGGACUGGACUUGGACCGGACUGCGCUGAACCUGCAUCGCAACUUCUUUCUUUCUUUUUUGUGACUAAGUAGCAAAUAUCCAUCCAUCCAUCCAUCCAUCCAUCCAUCGGGGCGCUGAUUAGACUCCGAACCGGUCGCACAUGGACAUGGACAACCGUCAGUGACCGACGAGCGGAAAAGUUUUUUGAAUAAUUUCAAUCAAUUAAAUGAAUCUUUUUUUUUGGGGGGGGGGGCGAUCAUGAUCGCGAAGGCGCUUUUAUUUCUCAUUGUGGGUUUGCAAAUCCCGACGGUGACGCCCGUGAUUCACACGCUGAAGUAUUUCCGCACCGCGUCGACAAAAAUUUCAACCUUCCCGGCGUACGUGGAGGUGGGUUACGUGGACGGAGUGGCGUUCGUCCGCUACGACAGCGACAGGAAGAAAGCGCAAGCCCAGCAGGACUGGAUGGAGGAAAUCGCCGCCGACGAUCCCGACUACUGGGAGACGGAGACGCAGAGGAACGUCGUCAACGAGAACGUUUUCCGAGUCAACAUUGGGAUCGCCCAGGAACGCUUCAACCACACGGGAGGCGUUCACGUCCUCCAGUGGAUGUUUGGCUGCGAAUGGAACGACGAGAACGGCCAGGUGGACGGCUGGAAUCGGCACAGCUACGACGGCGAAGACUUCAUCUCCUUGGACACGCGGACGAUGAGCUACGUCGCGGCCAAGCCGCAAGCGUUCGUCACCAAGCUCAAGUGGGACCGCGACGAGGACCGGAAAAAAUACCGCAAGCACUACUACGCGGAGAUUUGUCCUUCCGCGCUGAAGAAGCUCUUGCGCUACGGGAGGAGCGUCCUCGUGACAACGAAACCUCCAAAGGUGUCGCUCCUGCAGAAGACGCCGUCCUCGCCGAUCACCUGCCACGCGUCGGGUUUUUACCCCGACGUGGCCGACCUUUUCUGGAGGCGAGACGGGGAGCAGAUCCACCAUGACGUGGAACUCGGCCAGACCCUCCCCAACCACGACGGGACCUUCCAGAUGACGGCGGACCUGACGGCGGCCGAGGCGGCGGCCCGGUACGAGUGCGUGUUUCAGCAGCCGGGCGUCGACCGCGAAAUCGUCACCAAACUGGAGAGGAGAAACAUCCUGAGCAACCGCCGCAACGAAGAAGAAGAAAAGAUAAAGAAAAUCGUCACCAUCGCAGCCCCGUCGGCGGCGGCGACGGCUCUGCUGGUCGUCAUCGCCGUCGUCGUCAGCCGUCACAAAUGCAAACGCGACGAUUACGAUCCAGCUUCUACCGACGGCGGCGCGGAGCUCUCCGAGUCGAGAACGGCGGAAACCUGAGCAGGACGUGUUGGGCGACGCACGUGGACUUUGUGGACUUUGUGGACUUUGGAUUUUGAUCAGCCUUCCUGACUCUCGCGAGGCCAAAAUGCUGUGGAUACACGGCCGCUUGACUGGAGUGGGAAAAAAAAAACAAAAACAAAAAUGGAGCUCUCAAGGCGUGUCAUGUCCUCGCACGUGCGCAAGGCGAGCCACAAGCGCUCGUGCGCCUGCAGCUGUUUAUUGAACGGUAAUAACAGUCGCAGAUGCAAAUACGCAAAAGUGCCGUGAGCAAAUAUUGGCAACCUUCUCCAAGUCAUACAUUUUUGCACUUUCCCCACCUUAAUGUGAUCAGAGACAUGCAAAUAUCAGACAAAAAUGUUCAGCUACCUGGCGUGCUCAGCGCUUCUGCCUCGCAGUUGUGAGGACCGGGGUUGGAAUCCCGGAGUUUUGCACGUCCUCCUGGUGUCUGCGUUGCUCACCUUCGGUUUUCGCUCACGUCUGGGAAAACACGUGUGUCAGGUCGAUUGAAGACUAAAUUGCGGGUGCGAAUGCUCGUUUGUCUCUCCGUGCCCUGCGAUUGGCUGGCGACCGCGGUGUUGAGGGUGCCGCCCCGCCUCCUGCCUGGGAUGGGCUCCGGCAAGCAAUUCUGCAAGAGGGAGUCGCUCAAAAGUUCUGGAAAACGUUUUUGACGUCACUUGUCGCUGCUGACGAUGGCCCAACCGCUUCUUAACUUUUGGGUCCAUAACUUUUUUUCUUUAAUAACUGACAUCAUACAUACAUUUUUAAAUGCACUUGGGGUCUAAUUGUCUGAUAUUUAUAUUUGUUUGAUCAUCUGAAACAUUAAAAUGGGGAAACUGCUCAAAUAGAAUCAUUUGAAAGAUAAAAAUAUCGGUGCAGCAAAAAAAUUCAUUUUAAUAUGUUUCAAUCAGGGAAAUUGAUUUAAUAAGCAGUCAUUUCUGAACCUUCAAGUCAAGCUAGCACUAUUUUCUAUAGCACUGUUUAUUUUUAACCAAUCAAAUUUCAAGUUCACCUCACAGGGCCUUCGCGUUGGUCCAAAUGAUUGUCAACACGUUUGUUUUCUGAUUGGUCGUUCAAGAGUUCCACUAACGAGCUGCAUUCAUCGCAAUCUGCAUCCACUUGUGCAUUAAAUCAUUUCGCAGUCUGCAUCGCUUUGUGCAUUAAAAUGUACUAUUGGAUUCAUA